AUGCCCCUUCUCUUCUUCCGUCCCGCCGAUUUCCUCAUCUGUAUUUGCAACACCUCGUUUCCCCACCUCGAUACGUGGACGCCGGUCAACUACCCCGGAGUGUCAAGCGACGAGAAUUGGAUAAGUGCUAUAACCCACGGGAGCUUCUUCUGGAAAGCCUGGACCGAAGUGCUGAUGACGGAGCGCAAUAUGCACGUGGAUACCCGGUGCAAGUUCUACGGACUCAAGACUGGGAACAUGAUUCCUCCGUCCGGUUCGCCCUUCCGACAACAGACGACAUUAAGACCAUCUCCGUUUCUCGGGUAUCGCCGCGCUUAUCUGGGAGCAGGUGGAAAACAGGACGCACCCACAAACAUCAAGGCGGACACGAUGCUGAUUGGCUUGCCUUUCCUUGGUUGUGUACCGGGGCACACCUGA